UUACUUGUAAGGCGAUGAUUACAAUCUGUUACACAAUAAUUCGGUUAUUUUAACCAUAUUCGGUACAUCAACAACCAUAAAAGAUCCUGGUGGAGAUUCAAAUGCAUUUUUGAUUUGUUAUGAAUCAGAACAAAGAUUCAUUGUGGACACUUAACUUGGCAGCCUAAAAUAUUUUGAAAUUCACAAGGAUUCCUUGUUUCUGUCACAUAAGACAAGUCCUGGAGCGAAUAAAACUGCCAAGACGGCUGGUAUUCUGUUUUAACAAACAGACAGAUUAUUUUACUGUUUGAGGCACUAUAAAUAUGCUAGAUCACACUUAACUUUGCACCAUACGAGCUCAAAGCAACAGACUUGACAAUCCAAAACAAAGAAAGAAAAUGAGGAAUCGAACUCUUCCUUUUCUGCUCUUUCUCCUUUUCUCUGUUCUCAUCAUGACCUUAACCCUGAGGGCUGAAGCUAAAUCCUGCAAACCUAGUGGCAAGAUUAAGGGCAAGAAACCCCCUAAAGAUCAAUGCAAUCAGGGGAAUGAUUCUGAUUGCUGUGAAGAAGGCAAGUACUACGACAUCUACAAAUGCUCCCCUACAGUCUCUGCUCGCACUAAAGCUGUCCUGACGAUCAACGGCUUUGAGAAAGGUGAAGAUGGUGGGAGCGAAGCAGAGUGUGAUGGCAAGUACCACUCGGAUGACAUACCAAUCGUGGCUCUAUCGACAGGAUGGUUCAAUAAAAUGCAUAGAUGCUUCAAGAAUAUCACCAUUUAUGGUAAUGGGAAAAGUGUGAAUGCUAUGGUGAUUGACGAGUGUGACUCCACAAUGGGUUGUGAUAAAGAUCACGACUACCAGCCGCCCUGCGACAACAACAUUGUUGAUGCCUCAAGAGCUGUCUGGGAAGCUUUAGGGGUGCCUAAAAAAGAUAGAGGUCUGAUGGAUAUCUACUGGACUGAUGCAUGAAAAAGUGGGAAAAUAAAUGUUGUGUCUGAGGAAUAAGAACUUGGCUAUUUCUGGCCAAUUCAUUCAAUCUUUUGUGUUAGUUCACAAGUUGCAGCAACCGUUUGAUACGUGUUUUAUCUGAUACAUGUGAAAAUGAAGAUAUUUCUUCCUUUCGUAAUACCUUCACCUUCUUGAUUACCACAACACUUCAUCAGAUAUUAGUAAAUCAUAUUGACAACUAAACUGAGAUUUGAAGUUGCUUUUAGACUCAUCCAGAAGUCAGAGUGCAUGACGGACAUUUUAUUAUAGAUACAUAUUCUGUGUUAAUCCGUUCCUUUUCCCUCUUCAUUACUUUCCUGCUCAUCAAUGCCAUCUUAGUACCAGGCAAAAUGCAUCAACUGCAGUCCUCAUAUGAGCAAUUGCCUUAUCAUACUAUAUGCAGAACCAUAUAUAUUAGCAAUGAAGUCAGGAGAGUAUGCGCAUCGGAUAUAUUGAACAUAUCUCAGAAUUUAGUACAAGAGAAAGGACACUGUUCUAUAGACAUGGUGUCGAGUUUCUGUAACAAAAAAUGACAUGAAACAUACUUUUAUACACUUUGGAAAUCUUGAGAAACAUAACCAACUCUACAAACUGUUGAGACAAGAAACUAGAGUUUGAUGACUUACAAAAGAAAUUGCAAGCAGCAGAUGAUAAAAAUCACAACAUGCUAUCCGUCCUGGCAGGGAGCCGUCGGAAGAAAUUCAGAGGUACUGGGGGUAACUUAUGCCGAAAUCUUGGGUGCCUCAUGACAUAUAGUCCGGCCAUGACAAUCAACAACUGGAAAGGG